AUGUAAAUCCUUCCGUUAGUAAUUUCGUGGAUAUAAUCGCCUGCAUCUCCCCCACCGUGGUCUGUGUAGGCCCACACUGAACCAAAAAUCUUGGGGGUGGUCUGUGUAGGGUUUAAUACUGCCUCCAUUGCCUCAAUGUCUUCUCUCUUUCGCAGAAGCCUCAAAAAGCUAUCUGCCUCUCCAAACCCACACAAUUUUGACGGAUAAAAACCCUAAUUCUUGAAAGAGAGAAAACAAAAUACAUAGAAGAAAACUCCUAGCUUUCUCCUCAAAAUCCCGACUUUUUGGGCUUCCACAAUGGCCGACGCUUUGGUACAGAAAGCGGAGCUCCAAAGCCCAUCGGAUGGGUACUCGGAUCUAAUGCCUGAAUCGGAAACUGGCUCGUCUGUGCCUCAGAGGCGCAUCGAGUUCCACCUAGCGAGGAAGCCCUUCAAUGGCCUUAACAAUGGCGGCGGCGACUUUCGGCUCGAGACACUGAACCCCGGAACCAGCAGCUCGGAUUCCCGUAAACUUGUGACCUCUAAUCAGGGUCAGUCGGGUUUGAGUGCGAAGAAAACGGAUGGGUCCGAAUUUUUGGAGAAUGGGUUGGAUCCGGAGCUUAGCUUUGGCAUCACCUUUCGGAGAAUUGGUGCCGGUUUGAUGAAUAUGGGGAAUACUUGUUAUCUCAAUUCAGUGUUGCAGUGUCUGACGUAUACUGAGCCUUUAGCAGCAUACCUGCAAAGUGGAAAGCAUCGAAAUUCUUGCCAUAUUGCUGGGUUUUGUGCUUUAUGCGCCAUCCAGAAGCAUGUUAGUCUUGCGCUACAAUCAACUGGGAGGAGUUUGGUACCAAAGGAUCUUGUCAUUAACUUACGGUGCAUAUCUCGAAACUUCACUAAGUCUAGACAGGAGGAUGCACAUGAAUACAUGGUAAACUUGCUGGAAUCCAUGCAUAAAUGCUGUUUACCUUCUGGAGUGCCAAGCGAAUCCUCAAGUGCCUAUGAGAAGAGCUUGGUACACAAGAUCUUUGGCGGUCGUCUUCGAAGUCAGGUCAAAUGUUUGCAAUGCUCCUGUUGCUCCAACAAAUUCGACCCAUUCUUAGAUUUGAGCCUUGAAAUAUUCAAGGCAGAUUCCUUGCAAAAAGCACUUGGAAAUUUUACUGCCGCAGAACAGUUAGAUGGAGGGGAAAGGCAAUAUCAGUGCCAACAGUGCAAGCAGAAAGUUCGGGCUCUCAAGCAGAUGACUGUUCACAAGCCUCCUUAUGUUCUUACCAUCCAUUUAAAGCGGUUUCGUGCACACGAUCCUGGACGAAAAAUUGACAGACAUGUUAAAUUUGGUCCUACCUUGGAUUUGAGGCCCUUUGUUAGUGGUUCCUAUGAAGGAGAUUUGAAAUAUACUCUUUAUGGGGUUUUAGUUCAUUGCGGGGCUAGCACCUAUUCUGGCCACUAUUAUUGUUAUGUUCGCACAUCAAGUGGCAUGUGGUACUCCCUUGAUGACAACCAGGUAUUCCAAGUUAGUGAGAGGAUUGUUUUAGAGCAGAAGGCUUACAUGUUGUUUUAUGUUCGGGAUAGAAGAAACAUAAUACCAAGGAAGCCUGUUGAAGUUGCUCGAAAAGAGAAUUUCAAUAGUGCUGGAUUUAAAAAUCGUUCCACCUCCAACCAAGGUUCCAAAGAACUGGUUCAAAAUGUUUCUGUUGAGGGCAGAUCAAGUGGUUUAGCCUCUUCUGUUGUUGCGAUACAAAAAGAUGAAUCAAAUAUUGUUCCACCUAUGGUGCCCCUUUUGAAGGGAGCAUCAGUUAAAUCCCAGAUUACGGCAGAAAAGAUGGUGCCCAUGAAGUCAGAAUCUAUUCCAAAAGUGUCAUUAUCAAAGGACCCGCUGAAAGAACUUUCCCUUCCAAACCCAAAAUUGGGAAAAUACAUGCUACAAUCAUCUUCCUUUCCAAGCAGCAAUGGUGGUGCUUCUGAUCCUGAAAUUGCCACUGCUGCAACAACUGAUGCCAAUAAAAAUGAUCUUAAUAAGAGAGGAAGUUCAAUUGAAAACAGUGGUGUUUCCAUUGUCAUAGCAACCAAUGUCAAGGACCCUGAAAGCCUUGAAGCUGCUAAACCCAUUCCAGAUGAGGCCUCUCCGGAUAAUAAUAUUAUUCCCUCUGCGGGGGAUUCACAUACGGGUUCAUCUGGGGUUCGUAGUGGUAAGAAAAUUGAGGGAAUUCAGACUUCCAAAUCUUCAGAUCAACCAAGCUCGAAAAUCAGUCAGAUUGGAAGUCUUAACAAUGAAGGUGCUGCUGGUCAUUUCUUGGGUGAGAAGACUAUUAGUUGUGGCCAAAAAGUGGUUGUUGAUGAGUCAGUAAAAUUGUCUGGCUCAUCAAUUGUGACAAAUGGAUUGUUACAUGUGAAAGCUCCUGAUUGCAGACGCCAUAGAAAAUUGAAAAAGAAGCAGAUGAAGUCUAAGGUGGCAUGCAUGCAUUUACGGCCAAGCUUACUCUCCAGAGCAGUCUUAAGUGUACAGAAGAAGAAGAAACACAAAAGGAGUAAGCACCCAACUUCAGAUACCCAGACCCUUAGUAAGGAACACUUAAUGGACAGUUCUCGCUUCUUAUCUGAUCUGGGGCCAUCGACAUCUGAGAAAACCCAAUCAAUUUCCUUGGUUUCUACCCUCUCUAAACGAAAGUCUAAGAGAAAGAGAACCAAAUCUGGCUUGAAAAAGGAUGCAGAUGGAACUGCAGAAAAUGGAGAGUCUAGGGAGAGUCUUCAUCAGAAUGGUACAGUGCUUGCAAGUGAUAAACGACUAGAAAAUGGUUGUGGAUCUAGCCCCUGCUCAGUGGAAAACCAGCGGGAGACGGGGGGAACUGAUAGCCCAAGCAAUUGUAAAACAGACAAAAUGCAAAAUGGAUGGACCGGUGCACUGACCCGAGGUCUCCAUGAGACAGUUGUUGAACGUUGGGAUGGAAUAGAGUUGCCUCCUUCUCAUGUUGUAGAAUCAAGCCAUGCAAAGAAUGUCAGCAUCGGUUAUAUACCAGAUGAUUGGGAUGAAGAAUAUGAUAGGGGAAAGAGAAAGAAGGUAAGGCAAUCCAAGCUCCCCUCUGGAGGGCCAAAUCCAUUCCAAAAGAUUGCAACCCAGAGAUCACAGUUGAAGAAGGCAAGGAUAGAGAGGAUUGAUUCUGGAAAUCACCCAGUCAGGAUAUGAUGGAAGUAGACUACUUGUGCAGACAGAUUGUUGGUCUGCCUGCUGUUUUGUUUUCUAUAGCAGUUGAGAGAAAUUGUAAGCAAGAGCAGAGAGGGGAAGAGAGCAUUAGGAUUAUUUUAUAUGUUGUGUUUGGGUUAUUUUUGUUGGAGAGGAAGAGAGCUCAGAGCAGGGGACUGUAUCUUAUUCCUGUGGGAGCAUUUCUCAUGGAAGGAUAGUUGCUGCAUUUGCUGAAGGCUCAUGUGUUUCAGUCUUUCAGAUAUACCAAUAAUCUUUUUUUUUUAAUUUUUAAGAAAAUGUUUUUGGGCUCCUACAAUCGAUAAGCAGUACUUUUGGACUACUUAUAAAAGAAUGUGUUGUGUUGGUACUGUUAGCGUAUGAAAUUUUGGUUAUUAAUAUAAUAAUAAAGCUUUGUCCACA